CAGCAACAACAGCGGCGUGACGUGACGUGACGUGACGCGACGCGACGUGACGUGCUGCGGAACACAAGUAGGCGGUUAAACGUCGUCCCCGCCUCGGUGUGUCGCCAGCGCGGGAUGCGGGUGACUCGGUGAGACGGCGAGGCGGGAAAAGGGAGGAAGACAAUGGCGGAGAAGUGAGGACGCACUCGGAACACAAAGCUGGACUAUUUCUCUUUUCUUGAGUGUUUGUGUCCGUCAUGGAGGACUCGGAGCCCGCAGAGGACGGCUUGCUCGCGGGCUUCCGGUGGACCCGGGGCGCGCGGGACCAGGCUCAGCUCAAGCACAAAAUCCGGGACCUGCCGGGACUACUUAAGCACGGACUGCACCUGCGGAAGAAGAGCCAAUCACCUGACACCAUCCCAGGACCCAGUGCUGGACCCACGGUACACAAGUCUUGCUCGCAGAGUUUUCCCUGUGCUGGCCGGGCUGUGAGAAACGCCUUCCUCUCCCACGGACCAUACCCAGCUAAAGACAAGAUACACCUGGCCAGAAUCAUACGACGCAGUUAUGUGGGCGUGGAGCUGGUGCAGUGGCUGUGUGAGCAGUGUGUUUACGUCCGAUGUCGGACCGCCUCCGCGCGCGUCUGGCAGGUGCUUCUGGAGCUGGGAGUCCUCCUGUCCGUGGACCAACGCGUGGUCUUCUCCGACUCCAACACUUACUACCAGUUCAGUUUCGAGGAGUGCGACUCCACCGCCUGUGAGUUUCGUGCCAACGAGGGGGAUUGGCCAGAGGCUGUUAGGCUCCUCCUACAACUUGCUCCAUACGUUCAAUUUCGCUCUGGAGAACGAAACAACAGCCCGUCAGAGGAGGACUCUGAAGGAAACCGAGAUGUGUGCAGUGAGAUCCUGCAGAUGAAAGCUCUGGAAAGGCUCACAUCCACAGUGCAAAAUGAGCUGGCGGCUGCUCUCGCCCGAAAGACACGCAAAGCUUUAGCGGAGCAGGACUCUGACAUGGUGGAGACCAGGCAGCAGGAGAUUGGUUCACCCAGCACGGAGACCAGCCCGCUGGGCAGCGUGUGCGCCCUGCGGGACGGUGGCGGCAGCGUCGUUGGAGGAGGAGGCGGGAGUACGGGGAGCGUGUGCGCCCGAGAGGAGCUGACCAGCCGGCUGGGCUUGGAGGCCGUUCAGCGUCUGGCCAAGGAUGGCUGCCGGCUGCUGCAGAACCACAACUACAGGCUGCCUGACAGGAACCAGGCGGAGGUCGUUGGGAGGGUCUGUCUGAAGGAGCGAGGCCGGGACGUGUUGGUGUUGCAGCGAGUGACGUCCACGCUGACGUCGCCAUCGGAGCGGCCCUCGCCCACGUCGUCAGGGGGCGGCUGCAGAGAGGAAGACAAAAGGUAUGUGGUGGUGUCUGGGACGCCGCUCAAGAUCCUGGAGCAUCUGCUGAGUGACCUGCAGCUGGACCACCAGAGAGGGGCGCCGGAGAGCAGGGACAGCGAAGUGCUGUUGGAUGACUUCCUGUUGACCUACCUGGUGUUCAUGUCCACCCAAGACCUCUGUCAGGCCCUGCUGGGACACUACAGCAGCAGCAGCAGCAGCGGCCAGCAGGAGGGCAAGGACGCCCUCUUCAGGAAGCGCAAGGUCCUGCAGCUGGUCUCCCACUGGAGCCGCCUCUACAGGGACUUCCUGAAGGAGGAGGAGCAUGUUCGGGGCUUCAUGAAGACUCUUUACAGGUGUGUGUUGGAGGACCUGUACGAGUUCCCCGCGCUGGAGAACGACCUCAAAGAGUUCCAGAAGCUUCUGCGCCGCAGGCACACAGUGGAUGACUGCCCUCCCAACCAAAAGAGCAAGCAGACGCACCAGCAGUUGAGUCUGAAGGAGAACUGUCUGCCGCUCCGACGUCCACUUCCUGAGACCAGAGAAGUCAUCUGCUGCGUGUACGUGAGCAGCGACUCCUACCUGAGCGUGCACACUCACCCCUCGCUGGAAGCUCACGAGCUGUUGAGGAUCGUGGGCCUGAAGAUGGACAAGUCCGAGGAAGACACGGUGCUGGCUGUGGUGUCUCACACUGGAGAGCGCAGGAUGUUGCAUCCCAGCGAUUGUGUGUAUUCUGAGUCUCUGACCCCGCAAGGCAAGCUUGUGGCGUGUCACAGGGACCUCACGGAGAUGUUGCCUCCUUUAACAGACAGCGCCGAGCUCAGCAGGAGGCCUGCGCGCCUUUUGGGAAUCAACACCUGGGACAUGGCGGCGGCACUCACCCACCUGGACUGGAGCCUCUUCAAGUCCAUCCAUGAGCAAGAGCUGGUGUACUACACCCUCAGCCGCGUUCCCGGCGGCGCCCACACGGCCGCGCUGUCCGUCCUGCUGCAGCGCUGCAACCAGGUCCAGCAGUGGGUCAUGUCCGAGGUCCUCAUGUGCGUGUCGCUCAACAAGAGAGUGCAGCUGCUGAAGAAGUUCAUCAAGAUCGCGGCGCACUGCAAAGCUCAGAGGAAUCUGAACUCGGCCUUCGCCAUCAUCAUGGGCCUCAACACCGCCGCCGUCAGUCGCUUGAACCAAACCUGGGAGAAAUGUCCCGGCAAGUUCAAGAAGCUCUUCUCGGAGUUGGAGCUGAUCACGGAUCCUUCGCUGAACCACAAAGCCUACAGAGAAGCGUUCAAGAGGAUGAAGCCUCCAAAGAUCCCUUUCAUGCCUCUUCUCCUAAAAGAUAUCACCUUCAUCCACGAGGGCAACAAGACCUUCCACGACAACCUGGUCAACUUUGAGAAGUUGCACAUGAUCGCAGACACGGUCCGAAUGAUCCGACAUUGCCAAAGUGAACACUCAGGCAACGAGGUGAUCGGGGCGGACAGCGCCGACCUGAGGGCGAGCGUCCACUACCUGCACAUCAUCGACAAUCAGCAGACGCUCUUCCAGCUGUCCCACAAACUGGAGCCUCGGGCCUAACGGGCGGUGCUGAUGCUGAUGCUAGGAGCAGUGAGUAGUCCUUGAAGACGAGGACGCCCUGCUCAACACCAGGUGUGUCCCCCCAGGAGGAUGUAGUGACCUUGUACAGCAUCUAUUGGACUUAAUGUGAUCUUCUGCUUCCUUACGGGGUGGAAUGUUCCUUUUUAUUUGUGACGGCCGCCUCAUUUCACCUACAAAAAAAAAAAAAGAAUAAGCCCACUGAAGAUUUUUGAUGUCGUCUUUAUGUUUGACUGCAUAUCUAUCGAAUACGUUCCACGCACAAGCUGCUAGGCGUGUCUUGUUUACCUGUUUGUCGACGGCGUUGGUGAAACUUACCUCCAGCACUGAAGGGAAGCUUUCUGACUGACCAGGAAGUCCUCCAACGAGGUGUCCUGGGUGUGGCGUGACCUCAUAUCCUGCAUCACAAAUGCACUCUUUAGGCCAUUUUCUCUGGGGUUGCCAUGGAAACGGCCAACAUCGAUAACAUUUGUACGCUCAGUGUUUUUGUGCAGACAAUUCUACUUUGGUUGCAUUUCUACACAUAAUAAGGUGUGUUGGUUCUGUAAUGUCACAGAAUCCUACUCUUUAUCGGCAGCAACACUUUGUCUAAUGAGAUCCAGGACAAGAUUCUGCACAGUUUGUCAACUUUACACCAAACCAGUGUUCCCCCGUCUAAAUAUAAAACCACAAGUUGAGGUUCGUACUUAUAUUAGCCGCAGUGUGACAUAACGUUUUUACACAGGUGCUUGUUUUAAUCGAGGGUGAGUCCAUAGCCCGCCAAACUUGUGUGUUUCCUCCAUGACGAGGGUGAGUCCAUAGCACGCCAAACUUGUGUGUUUCCUCCAUGACGAGGGUGAGUCCAUAGCACGCCAAACUUGUGUGUUUCCUCCAUGACGAGGGUGAGUCCAUAGCACGCCAAACUUGUGUGUUUCCUCCAUGACGAGGGUGAGUCCAUAGCACGCCAAACUUGUGUGUUUCCUCCAUGACGAGGGUGAGUCCAUAGCCCACCAAACUUGUGUGUUUCCUCCAUGACGAGGGUGAGUCCAUAGCACGCCAAACUUGUGUUUCCUCCAUGACGAGGGUGAGUCCAUAGCCCACCAAACUUGUGUGUUUCCUCCAUGACGAGGGUGAGUCCAUAGCACGCCAAACUUGUGUGUUUCCUCCAUGACGAGGGUGAGUCCAUAGCACGCCAAACUUGUGUGUUUCCUCCAUGACGAGGGUGAGUCCAUAGCACGCCAAACUUGUGUGUUUCCUCCAUGACGAGGGUGAGUCCAUAGCACGCCAAACUUGUGUGUUUCCUCCAUGACGAGGGUGAGUCCAUAGCCCACCAAACUUGUGUGUUUCCUCCAUGACGAGGGUGAGUCCAUAGCCCGCCAAACUUGUGUGUUUCCUCCAUGACGAGGGUGAGUCCAUAGCCCGCCAAACUUGUGUGUUUCCUCCAUGACGAGGGUGAGUCCAUAGCCCACCAAACUUGUGUGUUUCCUCCAUGACGAGGGUGAGUCCAUAGCCCACCAAACUUGUGUGUUUCCUCCAUGACGAGGGUGAGUCCAUAGCACGCCAAACUUGUGUGUUUCCUCCAUGACGAGGGUGAGUCCAUAGCACGCCAAACUUGUGUGUUUCCUCCAUGACGAGGGUGAGUCCAUAGCCCGCCAAACUUGUGUGUUUCCUCCAUGACGAGGGUGAGUCCAUAGCACGCCAAACUUGUGUGUUUCCUCCAUGACGAGGGUGAGUCCAUAGCCCGCCAAACUUGUGUGUUUCCUCCAUGACGAGGGUGAGUCCAUAGCACGCCAAACUUGUGUGUUUCCUCCAUGACGAGGGUGAGUCCAUAGCACGCCAAACUUGUGUGUUUCCUCCAUGACGAGGGUGAGUCCAUAGCCCACCAAACUUGUGUGUUUCCUCCAUGACGAGGGUGAGUCCAUAGCCCACCAAACUUGUGUGUUUCCUCCAUGACGAGGGUGAGUCCAUAGCACGCCAAACUUGUGUGUUUCCUCCAUGACGAGGGUGAGUCCAUAGCACGCCAAACUUGUGUGUUUCCUCCAUGACGAGGGUGAGUCCAUAGCCCACCAAACUUGUGUGUUUCCUCCAUGACGAGGGUGAGUCCAUAGCCCACCAAACUUGUGUGUUUCCUCCAUGACGAGGGUGAGUCCAUAGCCCACCAAACUUGUGUGUUUCCUCCAUGACGAGGGUGAGUCCAUAGCCCACCAAACUUGUGUGUUUCCUCCAUGACGAGGGUGAGUCCAUAGCCCACCAAACUUGUGUGUUUCCUCCAUGACGAGGGUGAGUCCAUAGCACGCUAAAUGGCUGACUGGAUGAUUGUGUGAGUGUGUGAGAGUUAAUGCGGACAUUUUCAUUGCUGAUGAAGAUACUUUUUUUUUCUAUUAUUAUAGAUUAUUAUUGUUAUUAGAUGACCAUUUUGUCUUAUUUGCAUAAUUGACAUUUACGCAUGUGCAUAUAUUUUUUGUUAAAACGCCAUAUAAAAGAAAAUAAUGGUAUAAUUACUAUCAACAUUUCAGCCUUUUCUUGUACAUUUAUGCCCUUUUGUUCUAUUUUUGCCGGUUUUUUUUUCAUUGGGCAUUUUGUCCAUGACGGGGGUGAGUCCAUAACGCGCCAAAUGGCUGACUGGAUGUGUGUGUGUGUGUGUGUGUGUGUGUGUGUGUGUGUGUGUGUGUGUGUGUGUGUGUGUGUGUGUGUGUGUGUGUGUGUGUGAUUUAAUGUGAACAUUUGCAUUGGUUUGAUGGGACAAAUAAUAUUUUUUUCAAAUUAGUUGCCGCGUUCAAAGCGUGGGGGAAAAAUUAGCAGCUUACAGUCCAGAAAUUACAAUCGAUGACCCUUAUAUCUAAUUUGCAUAAUUGACCAUUACACAUGUGCAUGUAUUUUUUGUUAAAAAGCUAAAUUAAAUUAUGUUAUUAGUAUAAUCAUUUCAGCCUUUUCUUGUUACAUGUAUGCCCUUUUGUUCUAUUUUUGCCGUUGUUUUUUUUUCCUUCAUUUUAUUUCUACAAUGUGCCUGUCUUAUGUUGGCAUUCCGCACGCUUCCACGCCUCGUCUUUGAGCAUGGCGGUCGAGCCUUUAGGAUCCCUUUUUUCUAUCGUCUUUGGCUUCGAGGCUACGUCUUGUGCAUUUCAUCCAUGACGAGGGUGAGUCCAUAACGCGCUAAAUGGCUGACUGGAUGAUUGUGUGUGUUUGUUUUAACGUGAACAAUUUCAGUGGUCCCCUUGUUACCCGUUCAGCAAUUUAAUUGGUCUGAUGGCACGAAGCUAAAUUUAUUGCAUAUUUCAUAUGAAGCUAGGGGGGAAAUAGCAGCUUACAGGCCGGAAAUUACGAUGAAUGACUCAUUUGUCCAUCUAGCCAUCCAUUUUCUACCACUUGUCCCUUUUGGUGUCGCUGGCGCCUAUCUCAGCUGCAUUCAGGCGGUAGGCGGGGUACACCCUGGACAAGUCGCCACCUCAUUGCAGGACUCAUUUGUCCAAUUUGCAUAAUUGACCAUUACGCAUGUGCAUUAAUUGUAUUAUUUUCUUUUUGCUAGUACCAACAUUGCAGCCUUUUAUUGUCACAUAUAUGCCUUUUUGUUCUUUUUUGCCUGGGUUCUUUUUCAAAUAUUAUCCCUACAAUGUGCAGCACUUUGACACCCGUGGUUUGCAUAUUUCACUGGAAAAGACGGAAGUGUUAGCAAGUGCCUCUGGUCUUGUCGAGGCGUUCCGCACGCUUCCACUUCCUGUGCUUGGGGUACGGCGGUCGAGCCUUUCGCGCCUCUUUUUCGAUCAUCUAUGGCUUGGGGGGUGUGUUUUGUGCAUAUUGAGGGUGAGUCCAUAGCACACUAAAUGGCUGACUAAAUGCCUUAGUGAGUGUGUUUAUUGGAGGUGUCCCGCAUGAGUAAACGCGUCAAGGAAGAAAUGUCUCCGCGUGGGAAUUCAGACGAGUAGUUUCGCCAUGUGGGUUACGGAAAAUAUUACACACGCCUCAUAUUUUUGCUACAACUCUUGUCUUGGAUCUCAUCAGAUUGUGUUUCUGUUGUGUUAUUGGUGCCAAAAUAGAUUCUAUAGAAGACUAAUUGUUGUCAACACUGUUACUGUUAUUCACUACCAUGCAGCAUUAUGUCCUCCUGGGAACCAACGUCCUCUGCAGUGGACAUUUGAGGAGGACGCUGGUUUUAAGGGGGCUUCUGGGAAAUAUUUACCAAGUGUUUCCCAAGACUGUGAGACUUGAAAGACCACAGGACGGACGACACUCCACACGUGUUUGUAUUUUCUUCUUGAUUUGAUGGACUUGUCCAACGGCCACCGGGCAGGAAGAACGUGGCCGGAAUGUUCUGCUGCUGAGUCUGGAGGAGCAAAUCUAGAGGGGAUGCUCCUCUCCUCCUGGAGACAUUUCCAGAAGUGGGAAGGGGAGCGUUUUUAAGGAGUCCUGACCUUGAAAGUUCUACUGUUUGCAUGAUUGAAGAAGACAAAGAAGACAAUUCACAGAAGGCAUGUUGAAGACUUUGUACUUGUAAAUGUUGUCAAUACAUGUACUCUUCUUAUUUAUUUGCUGCAAAGGCGGAGAAGAAAAGUCAACCACUAAGCAAUAUGUUCAUGUCUUUUCUAUACAGACGUUUUAUUAUGUGGAACAUUUGAACUGGAAAUGAAUAAAUUAUAGCUUUUAUGUGAAA